AGAUAAAGUUUCGUGUAGUUGCUCUGCAGGUGUCUGAGGAGAACACACCAAGGUCGCAAAGAUGGUUGAAGCGUUUGUUGGGACUUGGAAGCUGAAUGAGAGUAAGAACUUUGACGAAUACAUGAACACACUUGGUGUGAACGUGGCAAUUCGGAAGAUGGGCAACAUUGUCAAACCUGAUUUGAUAAUAUCUGUGGACAAGCACGGAGUUGUGUGCAUGAAGUCUCAAAGCACGUUUAAAACUACUGAAAUAAAGUUCAAACUCGGUGAGCAGUUUGAUGAAACCACUGCAGAUGACAGGCAUACAAAGACUGUGAUGACACUGGAAAAUGGUAAACUUAUCCAGAAACAGACCUGGGAUGGCAAAGAGACCUGUAUAGAGCGGGAGAUCACAGAUGGGAAAUUGAUAGUAAAAUGCAUUAUGGAAGAUGUGGUUGCAGUGAGGACGUAUGUAAAGGCAUAAAACCCUUGACACUGUUCUUCUGUCCUGGAUGACUCAUUUCAAUGAGUCUAUAGACUUCCAACUUCAACAGUUCUUGACAUGUCCUCGCAUGUGCGUGUGAAAAUCUCUACAGACCUACUACACAAUUCAACUGCCAUGCCCGUUUUCCAACAGGAAUGUGUUGUGACUUGAAUAAAUGCUUAAUUUGC